AUGCUGCAACAUCUCCAUCAUUCGAUCCACAAGGACCCCUUCCAUUUCCCCUCUAGCAGCCCUGAAAGGCUAGGAUCGCGAUCCUACGUCGCUACACGUCCCAACCCCUACACCAUCAAAUCGCAAAAAACUCAGCACUACAUUUCCCUGCGCACCACCGCUCAGUCCACUCUGCUCGAUCCCAGGCUCACCACUGCCGUCUCAUCGACAAGGUCUUUUUCAACCUCUCAACAAGCGAUUGACAGUCUCUACCGCUCCUUGGAGCCUGCCGCUACUUCACCACGAUGCACCUCCAAGCCCCCUCCCCUGUCCAGUAGGGCAAAUUCCACGCUCACCAUGGUCAAACCCAAGCCUCGUCCCGUCAAAGCUCUGGCUUCGAACACAGACAUGGACACACCAAAGCGCAUGACCGGCGCCAACCUUGCCAGCACAACCGUAGACAAGCGUCGCAGAAGUGUUGCCGAAGCUGCAAAGCAGCACAGCAAGACUAUCAGCUCUACUCACCAAAUUUUCUCGCCGUCUCGAGCACGUGUGUGUACCAGAUCUCGCUCUCCGGCUCCUUUGGCUUCACCUGAAUCUCCGUCCCCACUGCAGUCAACUCUUCCGCGAGCGUCCAAGUUGGUCGUACCCAAGAUCACGGUUCGUGCCCCCACUCCCGAGCCGAUAUCUGCUCUCGAUCCGGCGGUUCAGAAGGAGGAAGGCUGUCACAAUGUGCUCAUGCAUACCAGCACACCGCUGUAUAUGGACACCCUCUUUAUGCACCUUGCUGCCGACAUUUCCAAGGCAGAGGAUGGCAUCGACAGCAUUCUCAGCAAGUAUUUCGACGUUCGCAAACCUGCUCCGUCGAUCUGCACGGAACUUCUCCGCUACCUCGCUACCUCGCUCUGCAGACUUUACUGCUGUGUCGAGGAGCCAGACUCAGAUCUGGGUCAGCUAAAACUUCGCGCCAUUAGCAGCCAUCUCUUCCAGCACACCGUGACUGGCUUCGUACAUCUUCUCGAUGAUCCGUUGGCCCCUUACGCCACCGCAAAUCAUCUCGCACUUGUUUGCAUGGGAGUCUUGCAAGACUUUGACAAGGCCACCAAUUGGUGCUGCCGUGUUCUGGAUGGGCCCAGCAGUGCCCAGCAGCACCUCAAGCACGGUGAGCUCUUCCUCAAUGUUCUCAACGCUGAGCUGGACAAAAUUCUGCAGCGAGGCCUUGCAAUGUCCAACAAGCACAACAGGCUCAAUCUCCCAGGUCAAAGUUCAUCUUUCCCACAGUGGUUCAGCAACGAGGAGCAGAAUGACCGAGACGCAUCUAUCCAAUCUGGAGGCAGCACAUGGCAGUCCCGCAACGAGCUGCGCAAGCAGUGGGCUCGGGAAGGAGAUAAGCGCGAUCAAUUUGUCGGCAUCGAUGUGGUUAGAUUUAUUGGGCAGCUGGCACUUUAUCAGGUUGUCAGUGUUCAUGUGCUUGCUAAGUGGCUGGAUCGCUUUCUGCUCCACACUGUUCAUCUCGGUAUUCCUUCCGUAUGGGAGAUCGAAUGUGCAUGUGCGCUUCUGUUGAGCGUUGGGGCUAUGCUCGAUCAACGCACCGCGCUCAACACUUUACACACUUCACGGCUAGCCAAUAGCGACUUUAACGAGGCAAAAAAGGAAGCCAAGAACGUUCAAGCAGCGUCAAGCAACGAGCAAGGGGGUGCAAAAACACAAUAUGCGAGCACGACAAGCAGCGAUGACGGCCUCGACGUUCUCAACAGGGCUAUGGAGAAGAUCGAUCGCCUGAUUUUGCAUAAAGAGAUUAGUCGUUCGGCAUGCGAUUGGCUUAUUCAGCUGCGUCAACUGCGCGAACGAGGUUGGAGAAGCCGUGAAGAUGAAGCGACCUCGCUGCUUGAUGGUUUCAGCAGUGACUGA